UUUAAUUUUUUCAAAUAAACGAGGAGAGUGAUGAUAUUAAUGUACUACAAUCUGUUUCAGAAAAAAUUGGAAGUAAUCCUUUACACAUUGAGCUUUAUCAAAGAAUCCUCUCCAGAGGUUUUGAAACAGAUAACACUGUAAGGGUGAACGUAGUUGGGAAUUUUGCACAAGGAAAAACCUCCUUAACACAAUCACUUGUUGGAAAGACGUGUCAAACUGUUCAAAGUACAAAUGGAGUAGAAAUCAAUCACUGCAAAUAUUUUGAAGUAAAUGGUGAUGUGACGUUAUCCCAAACAACUGCGCCAGAUGAUAUGGACAUUAUCGAUCGCAUUGCUAAAGUCGCAAAGAAUGAGGAGGAAAAUGUGACCGAUGAAUCAAACACCACCGAACCAACGGAGAAUACUGACCAUUCUUCAGAACUUAAAGAACGCGCAUCACAGCCUGAAAAUAAAGAAGAUAUUGACAGUGCAUCACGAAUUUUGUUUACAAAAACAAAAGCGGACAGCACGGAUAAUACUAGAAAAAAACGCGCAUCACAGUCUGAAAAUAAAGAAGUUAUUGACAGUGCAUCACGAAUUUGGUGUACAAAAACAAAAGCGGUAAGCACGGAUAAUACUAGAAAAAAUGAAAAAUCAUCUUUGACACCGAAAGAAGUACAUAAACUCUCGACUCUCCUAACAUCUAAACAGAUUGUGCGCGGUGAAGAUGGAAAUUUUGAAAUAUGGGAUUUUGCUGGCCAGUUUGUCUUCUAUGCUACGCACACCAUAUUUCACAGCAAUCGCGCUGUGUAUUUAUUGGUGUUUGAUUUAUCAAAACCACUGUCGGAGGUCGUUUUAGAUACUGAAUAUCCUAUGGAAACAGGUGACAAAACAAUGGAACAUUUCAUUAAGUUUUGGAUGAACUCCAUUCAUUCAUAUGUCGGGUCAAACGACGGUUCAAAUCCGCCGGUUAUUCUUGUCGGAACGCAUAAAGAUAAACUAAAUGGAACGGAAAAUGAAAAAAAUCAAUAUGCAGAAGAAUAUUUUGAAAAAAUAAGAACACUUUUUGAAAACACACCUGUUCUCAAUCAUAUUCAUACAAAAGAUUUUGUAGUCAAUAGCACUGAUCCCGACGACAAGGAAAUUGAAGAACUGCGAAAGGAAAUAAUACAUAUUAGAAAACAUUCUAAACUCAAAGUUCCUGCAAGAUGGAUUGCCCUUGAAAAAGAAUUAGUUCAGAUACGAUACAAGAAGAUUAUUCCAUUUAGCAAAGUGGUGGAAAUCGAUUCACAAAAUGAUUUUCCGCUAAAGGAAGAAGAAGAAAUCAAGUUGUUCCUACUAUAUCACCAUAGGAAAGGCACAUUGUUUUUCUUUGACGAAGAACCGAUAUCACAAUACGUUGUACUUGAUACACAAUUUCUCAUUGAUGCGUUCAGGUGUAUUGUGACAUCAGAGAAAUUUCGCAGAAAAGAACCACAAUAUCGCAGCCAGUGGAAGCUUUUACAAAACGAAGCAAAACUGACAAUAGAGCUAAUUGAGAAAUGUUUUGAUUCCAAUAGUGAGUUAUCCAAAUUUAAGAAUGAAAUUUUGAUGUUUAUGCAGAGGCAUUACAUUAUAUCUGAAGUUUCAUGUUUUGACGAGAAAACUGGGAAAUGUAGUCCUCUCGGAUGGUAUAUUGUCCCUAUUUUUCUACGGAACCACAGUGAUAACAAGACACUUAAAGAGUUCCUUACAGGAAAGAAGCAGACAUCUUUAAGGUUUCUGAUGGCAUUUCAAUAUUCCCCUGUUGUACAAAUUGUAUACUGUCGUCUUAUUGCUGCUAUGGUAGCAAGGUGGCCAGUUGUCCAAAUAGGCAUAUCAAAACAAAGAAAGGAAUUCUUGCUGUACGAAAAUUUAGGAGUCUUUAGAUUGGACAACCAGAAUGCUGGAGUUGUUGAACUACAACAGAACAGAAUUGAGAUGCGUGUCAUUAGCCUUUGCACAUCUCGAAAUGUUAACAACGUUACAGCAGAUAAGUUCAGACGCUUUGCAGAGUCAGUGGUCAUCAGUGAAUUCAAUAAACUGCGAGAUUCAUCAACACUCCAAGGUAAGCCUUUCCAGACAUGUUUUAGCUGCAACCAUGAAAGCCAUGGUAUAAAUGGAAGUCAUGAAAUCUUGCAAUUAGAAAACCUUAGAAGUAAAAGCAUUGAACCCUGCCUUGAUAUACCAGCCAAUCACAAAAUACACGCUCAGCAGGCACUUUCCGAAUGGUUUGAAGAAAUCUCCAUGAUAGAACUUACAGAAGACUGUCAGUUAAAUGAAAAACAAUUGAGCAAAAUAGCACAAUCCAUUGGUAACAACUGGGAACUCCUUGGAAGUGAACUUGGUUUGAGCAGUGUAGAAAGCGAUCACUUAUCAAUGAACUAUGACACCUGCAGUGUGAGGAUCUACAAAAUGCUGUUAAAAUGGAAAGCUAAGCAGGAAAAAAAUGCCACCGUCAAUACUCUUUUACAAGCUAUGAAAUCAACGAAGUCACUUAACGUUGAAUGGGAUGAAGUGUUGAACAUUGUUGAGCAAAUUGCAUCUACACAAGCUAAAUAAUCACACAUCUUUGAAUGUGUCAACUGUAAUUCAUAACGAAUUAAUACAAUUCAACAAUUCCAAUCGACAUUAUACUACAACAAGACUGCCGUGUAGCAUAUUUGCAGGUGCACCAUUAACUGUAAAACUAUAUGCUACUUUCUGUUACAAACUAUUUUAAAGAUCAAAGUGAUUACAUUUAAUAUUCGGUGGUGAGAAAGGGAACAUCCAUAACAGGAAACAACAGACUGAGUGCAAUUUAA